AAUGUUCAACAGAUUCUCUUUGGUUCACCGAAUAUCUAACACAAAACUUUAACACUAUCUAACUCAUCACACGUUAUCUUAAACAGUUGAUUCUUUAAUCUAACUUCACUUUGAUUCAUCCGCAACUUAACUGCAUGGCUACACAUUUCAGUCCUUGCUCUUCUUCAAUCAAACACAAGACACAACAACUCUUCAGUAGGUUCAUUUUUAUCUCAAGAAAGUGUUGUUUCUCCUCAUGGGUAUCUCAGAUUCAACCAAGAACACAUUCAAGAAAGCGGUUUCAACUCAAAUCCUCAAAUGGGUAUCCUUUAAAUGCCGUGUCUUUGCACGACAGUUUAGAUGGAAAACCUCUGACCAAAGAGCACUUUGGGCCUCAGGGGAAAGAGGCCUCGAUUCCCUUGGCAGAAUUUGAAAAGAUUGAGUCUACUCUUAGCAUAACAGUAGUAGGAGCUUCAGGGGACCUUGCUAAGAAGAAGAUUUUUCCAGCACUUUUCGCUCUCUUUUACGAAGAUUGUCUACCUGAGGAUUUUUCAGUUUUCGGUUAUGCUCGGACUAAAUUGACUGACGAGGAGCUCAGGAACAUGAUUAGCCAAACUUUAACUUGCAGAAUUGAUAAGAAGGAAAAUUGUGAAGACAAAAUGGAUCAGUUCUUGAAGAGAUGCUUUUACCAAUCAGGUCAGUACAACUCUGAGGAACAUUUUGCAGAAUUAGACAGCAAACUGAAAGAGAAAGAGGCAGGAAAACUGUCAAACAGGUUGUUUUACUUAUCAAUACCUCCAAACAUAUUUGUGGAUGUGGUGAGAUGUGCUAGCCUUAGAGCUUCAUCAGCAAAUGGUUGGACAAGGGUCAUAGUUGAAAAGCCAUUUGGUCGUGACUCAGAGUCUUCUGGUGACUUGACCAGAAGUUUUAAGAAGUACCUAACAGAGGAUCAAAUAUUCAGGAUUGACCAUUACUUGGGUAAGGAGCUUGUAGAAAAUUUAUCGGUGCUUCGGUUCUCAAAUCUUGUUUUUGAGCCUCUCUGGUCCAGAAACUACAUCCGAAAUGUGCAAUUUAUAUUUUCUGAAGAUUUUGGUACAGAGGGACGAGGAGGUUAUUUUGAUAACUAUGGAAUCAUACGGGAUAUAAUGCAAAAUCAUCUCCUGCAAAUAUUAGCACUAUUUGCAAUGGAAACUCCUGUUAGUUUAGAUGCUGAAGAUAUUAGGAAUGAGAAGGUAAAGGUUCUAAGAUCAAUGAAACCGCUUCUACUUGAAGAUGUAAUUGUUGGUCAAUAUAAGGGCCACAGCAAGGGUGGUAAAUCAUAUCCUGCUUACACUGAUGACCCAACUGUGCCAAAGGGCAGUCUCACACCAACAUUUGCGGCAGCAGCUCUUUUUAUCAAUAAUGCCAGAUGGGAUGGUGUUCCUUUCCUGAUGAAAGCAGGCAAAGCUCUCCACACCAAGCGUGCAGAGAUCAGAGUUCAGUUUAGACACGUUCCUGGAAACUUAUUCAAGCGGAAUUUUGGAACUGAUUUAGACAAGGCUACAAAUGAGCUUGUGCUUCGUGUGCAACCUGAUGAAGCUAUAUAUCUGAGGAUCAAUAACAAAGUUCCUGGUCUUGGAAUGAGAUUGGAUCGCAGUGACCUUAAUUUGCUUUAUCGAGCAAGGUAUCCUAGGGAAAUACCAGAUGCAUAUGAGAGGUUACUCUUAGAUGCAAUAGAAGGAGAACGUAGGUUGUUCAUUCGAAGUGAUGAGCUUGAUGCUGCUUGGGCACUAUUCACACCGCUAUUGAAGGAUCUUGAAGAAAAGAAGAUUGUUCCAGAGCUGUAUCCUUAUGGUAGCCGAGGACCAGUUGGAGCACAUUAUCUUGCUGCUAAGUACAAUGUUCGAUGGGGAGAUCUCAGUGGUGAAGACUCAUGAAAGGCAAAACGUCCAAUGAUUUUGCAAUGCUCAUUAAGCAACAAUUGAUUCUUUCGAGUGCAUAAUAUGUUUUGCUCAAUGUUGUCGCAUAGGUAAUACUGAGGCUUGAUUUAUGGUGGAUGAGGAUGCAUUCAAACAUUGAAUAAUUUGAAGCUGAGUGUAAUGUAUAUACUAUAAAAGUACAAAUGAUAAAUAGUAUGCAUAUGAAGUGGAAACUUUAAGAUCUGGGAAUAAAAGAAUCUGAUCUGUCUGAGUUGUUGUGA